AUGAGCGCGCACGAUGAGCAAGGAGCAGAUUAUGAUUGGACCAUCGUACAGGUGCGGGCUUCUCGCCAUCGGAAGUGCGACUCCACGCAGCGGGCAGCCCACAAUGCCUUCUCUUGCUCGCUCCGGCGCGCAAAUCCUGCGCUCAAGAUGCUCCCCCCCCGUCUACAAUCGCAACAGACGCGAGCUCUUUCCAGCUCCGCGAUCCGCUGGAAGAGGUCCGACGAUGACCUCAACUGGGUCAGCCGCGGAAUUACCCAGCCCAAGUCGCAAGGCGCCUCGCAGGCCAUGCUGUUCGCCACCGGCAUGAACGAACAGGACAUGAACAAGGCCCAGGUCGGCAUUUCGUCAGUCUGGUACUCGGGCAACCCGUGCAACAUGCACUUGCUCGACCUGAAUAACAAGGUGAAGGAGGGUGUACAGCGCGCAGGGUUGCUGGGCAUGCAGUUCAACACCAUUGGUGUCAGUGACGGCAUCUCUAUGGGCACAAAGGGCAUGCGCUACUCGCUGCAGUCGCGCGACCUCAUUGCCGACUCCAUCGAGACGGUCAUGGGCGGCCAGUGGUACGAUGCGAACAUCUCGAUCCCUGGUUGCGACAAGAACAUGCCUGGUGUCAUCAUGGCCAUGGGACGUGUCAACAGGCCGUCGCUCAUGGUCUACGGCGGCACCAUCCAGCCGGGUUGCGCAUCGUCCAUGCCAGCAGACAAACAGCAGGUCGACAUCGUCUCCGCUUUCCAGGCAUACGGACAGUUCAUCACUGGAGACAUCUCGGAGGAGCAGCGCUUCGACAUCAUCAGGCACGCCUGUAACGGACAAGGCGCGUGCGGUGGAAUGUACACGGCAAACACUAUGGCCACGGCCAUCGAGGUCAUGGGCCUCACACUCCCCGGUUCAUCGUCCAACACCGCAAAUUCGAAGGGGAAGGUGCUUGAGUGCUUAGCAGCUGGAGGUGCCAUCAGGAACUUGCUCAAGGAGGACAUUAGGCCGAGGGACAUCAUCACCAGGAAGUCGCUCGAGAACGCCAUGGUCCUCGUCAGCGUCACCGGUGGCUCGACCAAUGCCGUCCUCCACUUGAUCGCCAUCGCCGACUCCGUCGGUAUCAAGCUCACCAUCGACGACUUCCAGAGCGUCAGCGACCGCAUUCCACUUCUCGCCGACCUCAAGCCCUCAGGCAAGUACGUUAUGGCUGAUGUCCAUGACAUCGGCGGCACACCCUCGCUCUGCAAGUUCCUCCUCAAGGAAGGUCUCAUUGAUGGCGACACAAUCACCGUCACUGGUAAGACGCUUAAGGAGAAUCUCGAGCACGCACAAGACUUCCCAUCCGACCAGAAGAUCUUUAGGGGCCUGGACAACCCCAUCAAGGAGACGGGCCACCUGCAGAUCCUCCGCGGUAACCUCGCACCCGGUGGCUCCGUCGGUAAGAUCACGGGCAAGGAGGGCACGAAAUUCACCGGCAAGGCCCGCUGCUACAACGAUGAAGACGCCUUCAUUGCGUCCCUCGAGGCCGGCGAAUUCAAGAAGGGUGAGAAGACGGUUGUUGUGAUCCGAUUUGAGGGUCCCAAGGGCGGUCCAGGUAUGCCUGAAAUGUUGAAGCCCAGUUCGGCUAUCAUGGGUGCUGGCCUUGGCCACGAUGUCGCGCUCAUCACCGACGGCCGCUUCAGCGGUGGUAGCCACGGUUUCCUCAUCGGGCACAUUGUGCCUGAGGCGCAGGAGGGCGGACCUAUUGGCCUUGUUAGGGACGGCGACGAGAUCACUAUUGACGCUGAGGAGAACCUGCUCAACGUCAGUGUCAGCGAUGCGGAGAUGGAGCAGAGGAGAAAAGAAUACGUCGCGCCGCCGCUGAAGUACCAGAAGGGUACGCUGUUCAAGUACGCCCGCUUUGUCAAGGAUGCGAGUCACGGCUGCGUGACGGAUGCUGAGUAG